AUGGGUAUUAAAACCCUCUUCAUUCUUGUUCUCCUCACUGUAGGGGUCUACAGUGACCUCAAUGAAGAUUUCUCACCCGUACAUUAUUGCUUUGUGAACCCACCAGUGAAAACUCGCCUCUCUCCGAAUCUUCUCGAAAACAUCACGUCGUGCACUCACUUGGUAUACGGUAGAAUUCCGAUUGAUCGUGACAAUGGGUACCCUGAAUACAGUGUUUCCGAUGUGGAAUCUGGAUAUGAUAUCGACAACAUUAGGACGUUUCUGCGAAUGAAAUCUCAGCAUCCACACGCCAAAUUUCUGAUGGGAGUUGAGAGAACAACGCCGUUCGAAGACACGUUGCAUGCAGGAAAAGUGGCAAAUGGACUGAAGAAACAUGCAAAGAGCAAGAGAUUCGAUGGUAUCUUCGUGACACUGAAUGGAAUCCAUUUGGAAUACCGGUCAUCUACCACAUUCUUGGAAACUAUUUCCAAAGAGAAAUCUCUGAUUCUUACUUUCGGAAUUACUGGACGUCGUGUAUUCGCUCAUGAGGCUGUCAGAAGACUUCAAGAAAUAAAUUCACUGGUUGAACAUAUUUAUUUGGAUAUGGGAGAACUUCCGUCAAACGAAGAGCCAUCAAAAAUCACUCAAAUCAAUCCACUCUUCUCGAACACAUCGAUUCCAUUUGAGGAGACAAUACAAGGAACUGUUGAAGAACUCUCAAAAGAAGGAAUUCUCCCAUCACGAAUUGUUGUUGGAUUAACUGCUGGUGGAUGGAAAUAUGAGAUCAAAGACUCACAAGAUCCAUUGAGAAUUUCUCAUGGAAUGUUUGCAAAAGAAGCUGGAAAACGUGUCGCUUAUCAAGAUGCUUGUAAAGCCAGAGGAGCAGUGAUCUAUGAUUGGAAGUCAAUGAACGAGAUUACAGUAUACCGUCAAUCAUGGAUGAGUGUCAAUCUCCCGACAAUGUCUGCAAUGGGAGAAAAGAUCAAAUGGAUCCUUGGGCAAAACUUUGCUGGAGUCGGAAUAUCCGAUGCAUUGACAGACGAUCCACGUGGCGAUUGUGGUACCGAUCCGUUUCCAGCUCAUCGUCUUGCAAUGGAUCUGAUUCGUGAUACCAUCCCAGCCAAUCCUGCUAAAUGUACAAGACUUUGUUAUUUGGAUCCAGAGGAAGUUGAUGAAACAUUCCCGAUUGAUAACUUGAAAUCAGAUUACUGCAGUCAUAUUGUGGUCCAUUAUUUCGAUUUGGACUUGAAGAAUACUGUAGUUUUCUCAGAAAAAGCAGUGAAAUUGGUUAAGAAAAUUGAUCAGUGGAAGAAUAAGAUUAUCGAUGUGGCACCUGAUCUCAUCCUUUCCCUCGGUUCGAAGCAAAUAACUGGAGUUUGGCAAUUCAUUCUUGCAAACGAUUUCCGUCGGAAGGAGCUUGCUGAAGAACUUGUCAAAACCUUAAACACUUCAACUGCUGCUGGAUUAGAAAUCUCUUGGACUCUGGAGCCAAUGGCCAAUGAAUUUGAUAAAAAGAAUCUGAAAGCCUUGAUUGAUGAUAUUGUUUUGGCUGAUGUUGAAAAGAAAGUGGAUCUUUUGGUGGCGACAACUCCACUCAGCAGUUAUUCAAACUUUUAUGACUAUCAGCAUUUGAAUGAAACUGCUGAUCUCAUCGUUCUUCACUCUCAUCGUCUUCACUCAGAAUCUCUUCCGAUGACAGGACAUCCAUCUCCACUUCGCGCCACUUCUUCGAUGAGGGAUUCUAAAAUGACAUGGGAAGCACUUCUGAAUCACUGGACAGAUCAGAAGGUCUUGAGAUCGAAGCUCGUUCUCUCACUGACCGCUUCAACUCUGUCAAUGCAAUCGCUUGCUGAUGUGAGAAAUUCGUUGUCAGAUCCUUUCGGGCAGCCAGCAUUUGUAUCAUUGUUGAGAUCGAAGAACUCAGAUAUUCACAGUCAACAGGAAAUCUGUGAGAGUUUGGAGGCAGCAACAGGAAUCACUCAUUGGGUUGAUGUAGCAGAAGUCCCUUACUUAAGACGAUAUGACCAAAUGGUUGCCUAUGAGAACACUCGCAGUGCUCAUAUCAAGGCUGUUUGGGCUUCAAUGGAAGGAGUUGGAGGGUUGGCUCUUCAUAAUAUUCAACAAGAUGAUCCAAAUGCUGUCUGCAACAAUCGAACUUCUUUCCCACUUCUCGACUCACUUUCUCGUGCUCAAGUCUGCCAGAAAUGUCUGAAACAACACGAUUUCAAAAAGUGUGAACAACACGAUUUCAUUGUCAGCUGCAAUUUUGAAUUGAAGAAGAACACUCCUCUUUUCAAAACUGACAUUGUUCCAUACGAGAGAUGCACAGAAGUGGUUGUAGAGCAGGCAAAGCUUGUGUUGGGUGGAAAUAUCACAUUCAAGGACUCUCAGCAGGAGCAGGUGCUCAAGAACUUGACAGCAAUGCGUCCAAAAAUGCUGAAAUGCGGAAUGGUUCUGUCGUUGUCAUGUGGAGAUUCUGAGAAACAUCUUAAUUACAUUCUUGGAGACAACAUGACAGCUGCCAUCGACAAUGUGAUGAAUGUAAUGGACAAGUACAAAUUUUCUGGUGUUCAAUUGGAUUGUGAAAAAGCGAUUCGUAGAGGAAAUCAUAUCUUCUUCAACACAUUCGUUCGAAAGUUGGCAAAGAAAAUUGAAAACGCCAAAGCAUCAAACGGUUGUAACAGAACACUUUCAGCAAGAUUCUCCCAUUUCACUAGAGCUCCAUCCACUUACUACAGUAUCUCUCUUCUGAAUCGUCUCUCUCAUAUUUCAAUUCGAAUGACUGACAAGGAUCAAGUAGAUCUUCCAUUCUUUUUCAAUUCUUCCGAUCCUCUGUUCCCAUCAACUGAAAAAUUCGUGAAUCUUUGGAAAAAUGUUGGAUUGAAAUCGGAGAAAUUGGUCGUGGAAGUGUCUCCAUUCGGUUGGCAAGAUGGACAAAAAGAAGGAGAAAAAAGAAGAAUGAGUCAAUUAGAUAACUGUGAGACGGUUGGAAAUAAAGCAAUCUUCCAACAUGAUUAUGAGACAUUGACUGGAUACACUACCCAUCAGAACACAACUGUCCAUAUGCCAAUGAUUGAGGACUUCCGUUACAAGAUCGGAUACAUUCAACGUGAACAACUCGGUGGAAUCGCAUUGAACUCUGUGAACGGAGAUGACUAUACUGGAAUCUGCGGGCGUGGAUCAUUCCCAAUUCUUAAAUCAAUUUACAGCUCCAAUAACUGUCGUUGA